AUGGAGCGAUGGAGCGAUGGAGUCGGUGGCUGGACAAGCCUUUUCACUUGGCAAUACGCCAACAGCGAUUUGCUCGGACCUCUUCUUCUCUUCUUCUUCUCUUCUUCUCUUUUAUUUCGUGGCCAGCUGAAGCCCAAUGGAUCCCAGCCGGAGCAGCGAGGGCCACUCAGUCGGGCCAUCGACGACCUCCACUACCACUACCACAACACACGGCCCGCAUACCUCGACAACGGUACACUCCACAACACCUGGACACGGGACUUCGGUGCACCACUUUGGGCCUCAUUCAACGACCGUCACCAGUCCCACAGUCACGACCACCUCGCAAACAUCUGCGCCGCAGCCGCCGACACCAGCCGCGAAUCCAUCGCGGUCGAUUUCGCACAGAGUGCGCAGCUCCUCGAUUUCGCAAAGAGUGCGCAGCUCCUCGAUCAGGAUACGGAGACCCUCGUCGCAGAGUGUUCUGCCCGCACCUUCACCGCAGCCCCAGCUUCCGCAAACAUCCGCAGAAGAAAAUGCAUGGCAGGCUGGCCGACGCAGGAGCAGCUCGGAACCACGGCCGCCGUCUUCCGUUCUGUUCCAGGACGACAGCGAGUUGCGCCGGCAGAUGACAGCCACGCCUCUACAGCCGCUAUCUCUGCAUUGAACAUACGGCGCAAUCACAACCAGGCCCAUCAUCACCAGCACAACACCAUGGACUCCAAUGUGGUGGAUGUGUUGGACGUCAUUGAUCCCGAGAUUUCUGCUCUCACCACGCUGAACAACGUUCAAAACUCGUUGUUUCUUCCCAACCUCCCAUGGCUCUACAACCGUCAGCCAACCUACGACCUAGGCCAGGCGACGUCAGAUUCGUCCGACGAGGAGAUGGGAUCGGCGUCCCGUGAGAAGACCCGCGAGGACCAACUGCCACACACGACGCAAGAUGGAGAAUUAGAAAGCGCUGCACAGGGCAGGGGUCUCACGCGGACCAACACCAUUGAUUCGAUUCUCUCUACCAUGGAGGAAGGUCCGGAGCACCAUUAUGCAGUUCUUCCCCAUGGCGCUUCUUUACCAGGAUGGACCGAUGAGGAGAAGGCUAUCCUGGACGACCAUGUCCGCCAUGUUCUGCACUCGAAACGCGCAAAGUUCAAGCGCACCAUGCGUGGAUUUGGCCGCUACGUGCGCAAUCCCCUUGGCUUCAUUGUCACCCUCUACUUUUUCUUGAUCACUUUCUGGGGAGCCGCCUGGGUCCUCUUCCUUAUCGGCUGGAUCUAUGUCAAAGGGCGACAGCAAUAUUUUGUCGAAAUCUGCGAUCAGGUCCUUACCGCACUCUUUUGUGUUGUUGGUAUAACCAUGUUUCCAUUCCGUAUAGUCGACACUUAUCACAUGGCCUAUGUUGCUUUCUACGCACACAGGACAUGGCGCAUACGGAAAGAACGAGGUCUGGCUGCUUUGAAAGACCACAACGAAUUGCCGCGGCAGUCCAUGGCCGUAGACAGAGACGAGGUCGUGCAAGCCGAGAUCGAAGAAGAAGCCGAAGAAGAACUGCCAGUGCUCACCGAGGAAGAGCAAAAGAAGCUCGAAUACCACCAAGCGAAACUUGCAAAAUCGCAUACCUUCUAUCGACCUACCGAAACGUACACUCACAACGCAUUUUCCAUUAGACUUCUCAUCACAAUCAUCGUCUUACUCGACUGUCAUUCCAUGUUCCAAUGCGCUCUAGGAGGCACCACUUGGGGUAUCUACUACAAGCACCGACCAAAGGCUUUGACCGCUGUCAUUCUGUCUUGCUCCCUUACCUGCAACAUUACCGCCGGUAUAAUCAUUGGCAGAGGCGAUAAGCGAAGUCGCAAGAAGCUCGUUGUGGAGCAGCUCCUGCGGCAAGAGAUUACCGAGGAGGCUUUGCAGAAGCUGAGAAAGGAACGAGGCCUGAAGGCUCGAGGCCUCAUGACCAAGGGCCAGAAGAAGCAUGUUCAGAAGCAGAUGGGCGAGAAGAAGAAGAAUCCUUUGGACACUAUUUUGCAUCGUGGGUAG